GAGGGAGGCGGGGCUGCAGGCGGUGGGCGGGAGGCUGCCAACGGUUUUGAGUGUUGAGGACCGCGCGAAAGGAGGGGUCUUGGUCUUUCCUGGCCGGGGAUCGGAGUUGGGGGGCCCGUCCUUUGUCUGCACCUUGGGAAAUUGGGGACUGAGGACUGUAGUUCCCAGGAGCUGGGGAAAGGAAUGCUUUUGCUCUCUCCAUGGCCUCUGGAAUCGGUGGAAAAUUUUUUUCUCACCGGAUAAUCUUGAUAACCUUAUUCAAGGAUCCUUGGUGUGGAGUCUUCCUCCCUUCUCCCAAAUCUUGCUUCUCUGCAAACCUCCCCCUGGACUCUCCUAAAGCAGAGCUAGAAGUUCCCAGCCUUCUGUUGCCUCCAGUUGUGUCUUCCCUAUCCUCAUGGCGGCAUCAACCACCAGCCCCAGUUCACCUCUCCGGCCGGAGGAUCUCUUGAGUGAUUCAUCAGAACCCCCUGGGCUGAGCCAAGUGUCCUCAGAGGUGACCUCCCAGCUCUAUGCUUCUUUGCGCCUCAGCCGUCAGGCAGAGGCCACAGCCCGGGCUCAGCUGUAUUUACCAGCCACCUCCCCACCUGAUCAUGAGGUGUUGGACGGCUUGGCCCAAGAGUUGAGUCGCAGCUUGUCAUUGGGAUUGGAGAACAAUUUGAAGAAAAAGGAUGGUUCUAAGCAUAUCUUUGAGAUGGAAAGUGUUCGGGGUCAACUCCAGACCAUGCUCCAAACCUCACGUGAUGCGGCCUGUCGAGAUCCCCCCACUCCAGGUGGUGGCUCAGAGAGACGGGAAGAGGACUCCUUUGACAGUGACAGCACUGGCACCUUGCUCAACACCAGACCCCUGCAGGACUUAUCUCCAUCUAGUUCGGCCCAAGCACUGGAGGAGUUGUUUCCCCGCUACACCAGCCUUCGGCCAGGGCCACCACUCCAUCCCCCGGAUCUUCCAGGACUGAGAGAGGCACUGGAUGCAGAGCAUACCCGCCGUAAGCAUUGUGAGCGCCAUAUUCAGAGCCUGCAGACCCGAGUGCUAGAGUUACAGCAGCAGCUGGCCGUGGCUGUGGCUGCUGACCGCAAGAAAGAUAUCAUGAUUGAACAGCUGGACAAGACCCUGGCCCGUGUGGUGGAGGGCUGGAAUCGGCAUGAAGCUGAGCGGACAGAGGUGCUCCGGGGACUUCAGGAGGAACGCCAGGCAGCAGAACUUACUAGAAGCAAGCAGCAGGAGACAGUAGCCCGCCUGGAGCAAAGCCUUUCUGAGGCGAUGGAGGCCCUGAAUCGUGAGCAGGAAAGUGCCAGACUGCAGCAGCGGGAAAGAGAGACGCUGGAAGAAGAAAGGCAAGCUUUGACCUUGAGUUUGGAGGUAGAACAGCAGAGGUGCCACACCCUGCAGGAAGAACGGGAUGAGGCUCGGGCAGGGCAACUCAGUGACCGUCGACAGUUGGAGACCCUGCAGGUGGCCCUAGAAGAGGAGCGGCGGUCCUGGGCCCAGCAGGAGCACCAGCUGAAGGAACGCUACCAGGCGCUGCAGGAGGAGAGCCAGGCUCAACUGGAAAAGGAGAAAGGAAACAGCUGGAGGGAGGCGCAGGCAGCCCAGGAGGCCCAGCAGCAGUUGGCAUUGGUGCAGUCUGAGGUGCAGCGAUUGGAAGGAGAGCUGGACACGGCCCGGAGAGAGCGAGAUGCCCUGCAACUGGAGAUGAGCUUGGUACAGGCCCGGUAUGAGAGCCAGCGGAUCCAGAUGGAGUCGGAGCUGGCUGUGCAGCUGGAGCAGCGGGUGACAGAGCGGCUGGGGCAGGGUCAGGAGAGCAGCCUCCGGCAAGCAGCCUCCCUGAGGGAACAUCACAGGAAGCAGCUUCAGGACCUGAGCGGACAGCACCAGCAGGAACUGGCCGCUCAGUUGGCUCAGUUCAAGGUAGAAAUGGCAGAGCGAGAGGAGCGGCAGCAGCAGGUGACUCAGGACUAUGAGCUCAGACUGGCCCGGGAGCAAGCGCGAGUGCGGGAACUGCAGAGCGGGAGCCAGCAGCUGGAGGAGCAGCGGGUGGAGCUGGUGGAACGGCUCCAAGCCAUGCUGCAGGCCCACUGGGAUGAGGCCAACCAGCUGCUCAACGCCACCCUCCCGCCUCCCAACCCUGCGGUUCCUCCCAUUGGCCCCUCUAGCCUUGGGCCUCUAGAGCCAGAGAAGGAGGAGAGGAAGAUCUGGGCCAUGCCUCCUGUGGCUGUGGCCCUAAAGCCUGUGUUGCAGCAGAGUCGGGAAGCAAGGGACGAGCUGCCUGGGGGGCCCCCUGAUCUCUGCGGCUCCUCCCCAGACCUUAGCCUCCUUCUGGGCCCCACUUUCCAGAGCCAGCAUUCCUUCCAGCCCCUGGAGCCAAAGCCAGAUCUCACUCCACCCACAGCCGAAGCCUUUUCCUCUGCGCUUGGGACCUUCCAUCCCGAUCACAGGGCAGAACGGCCAUUCCCUGAGGAAGGUCCUGGAUCCGAUGGGGAUGGCUUCCUGAAGCAGGGGCUGCCGCCGGCCUCUCAGUUGGAGGGCCUCAAGAAUUUUCUGCACCAGCUGCUGGAGACAGUACCCCAGAACAAUGAGAACCCCUCUGUUGACCUGUUGCCCCCUAAGUCUGAUCCUCUGACUGUCCCAACUUGGGAGGAAGCCCCUCAAGUGCCACGCCUUCCACCCCCCGUCCAUAAAACUAAAGUUCCCUUAGCCAUGGCGUCUAGUCUGUUCCGGGUCCAUGAGCCUCCCUCAUCCCAUUCACAAAGCAGUGGUCCCAGUAGUGGCUCCCCAGAGAGAGGUGCGGAUGGGCAGCCGAGGGAGGUGUCUCAGCUGCUACGACUGUACCAGGCUCGGGGCUGGGGGGCUCUGCCUGCCGAGGAUCUGCUGCUCUACCUGAAGAGAUUGGAGCACAGCGGGUCUGACGGCCGAGGGGAUAAUAAUGUCCCCAGAAGGAACAUAGACUCCCGCUUGGGUGAGAUCCCCCGGAAAGAGAUUCCCUCCCAGGCUGUUCCUCGCCGCUUUGCCACAGCCCCUAAGCCUGAAAAACCUCCUGCGCGAAAGAAAAGCGGGCACCCUGCCCCAAGUAGCAUAAGGAAUCGGGGGGGAAUCUGGAGAUGAAGCCCUUGCCCUUUCUCUUCGUUGUUCCCCUCUCUUCUUUUGUUAUUAUUUUAAUAAAUGCUCAAUAGUCUGUACUAGAGUGACUCGUAGGAAUUUGAAAAAUGGAGGUUUUAUAUGGAACUGCUUUGUAAAGAAAUCUGCUUCUGUUCGAGUAUGUUUUUAUAUGUUGUGUGUGUCUGUGUCGUUCCCUGUGGGAAAAGACAUGCGUGCUUUAAAAGAAGGUGGUGACUGGCUUUCAGAAGUCUGAGUGAGGAGGAAACCCUGCAGGAGGGUCUCACUCUGGCAGCUGUAGGAUUGUGGGGGAUUCAUACUUUCUCUUGUAUAUAUUUUUAUAUUUUCUAAAUUUUCUAAAACAAGCAUGUGUUACUUAAU